GUAUUGUACGAAGUCCAGCUUUCCCUGACCUCAUUCUGAAAGGUCUCGAGAGGAAGGUGACACUGGGCAGAACCUCCGGGUCCGGAAGGACUGGAGCUCAGAGCCCCUUAGGGAUCUGCCGAAAAGCUUGGCGGCAGAGGCAAGACCAGUAGCCUGGAGUGGCCAAGCUGGAGUUGGAAGCGGAAUUCCGUGGGUUCGGGACCGCGGCUGCCGCUCAGAGGCUCCUCCAGGCCGAGGCCCCUGCGCAGAAUGGACAGAAGGCGCCGACCUCCCGGAGGAGUGGCCGGACCAGGAACGUGCUGCGCUGGUUCUCCACCGGGGUCCUGUACGCCGCCUUCCUGGGGCUGGGAAUGACUGUUGCCAUACUGGGACCCACAUUUCCAGACCUGGCACGAAAUGUGAACCGGAACAUCAGCAGCCUUUCGGAAAUAUUCGUGGGCCGUGCCCUCGGCUACUUGUGCGGCUCUGUGGCUGGUGGGGUGCUUUUCGACUGUAUGAAUCAUUUCUUACUUUUGGGGAUGUCAAUGCUGGCUACCACAAUUGGUCUUUAUCUUAUUCCUUUCUGCAAGAGAGCAACAUUACUGAUUGCCAUGAUGUCUGUGUUUGGUGUUUCAUUUGGCGCUCUGGAUACAGGUGCAAAUGUCCUUAUCUUGGCUCUUUGGGGUGACAAAGGAGCCCCACACAUGCAGGCCUUGCACUUCAGUUUCGCCUUGGGUGCUGUCCUGGCCCCCCUGCUGGCUAAAUUGGCCUGGGGUACAACAGCGUCCACUCAGAACCACACAGAGUUCGACUUUGACCCUCUAAUGCUGAACCGAUCCUCUGAAGCCAGCCCAGACUCUCUGUUUGCGGUACCCGAGGACAUGAAUCUGCUGUGGACCUACGCUUCCAUCGGCACCUAUGUCCUAGUAGUUUCUGUCUUUCUGUUUGGUCUGUUUUGUAAGAAACGUUCAAGGCAGAAAAAAUCUGCAGCAUCUGGUCAAAGAGUUCGAAGAGCGAAGUAUCACAGGGCCCUGCUCUGCCUCCUCUUCCUCUUCUUCUUCUUUUAUGUUGGAGCCGAGGUGACCUACGGCUCUUACGUAUUCUCAUUCGCCACCACCCAUGUUGGCAUGAAAGAAACUGAAGCAGCCGGUUUGAACUCUGUCUUCUGGGGGACCUUUGCAGCCUGCAGGGGCCUGGCCAUCUUCUUUGCAACAUUCUUACAGCCUGGAACCAUGAUUGUGUUGAGCAAUGUUGGCAGCCUUGUCUCUUCUUUCUUUCUGGUGCUUUUUGACAAGAGCCCUCUCUGCCUCUGGAUCGCAACUGCUGUGUAUGGAGCCUCGAUGGCAACCACAUUUCCCAGUGGAGUUUCCUGGAUUGAGCAGUACACCACCUUAACUGGGAAGUCUGCAGCAUUCUUUGUAAUUGGUGGUACCCUGGGAGAAAUGGCGAUUCCUGCAGUCAUUGGAAUUCUACAAGGACACUACCCAGACCUGCCCGUGGUUCUGUACGUCUGUUUUGCAUCAGCCAUAUUCACUGGAGUUAUAUUUCCCUUGAUGUACAAAUUAGCCACCUUACCUCUGUAAUGUGAAUAAAAAGAAAACAUCUCAGGGGGUCAGAAUACUUUGUAAGUCUGACCACAGAGAAAAGGACAAAUGGGAAGAUGGAGAGGGAAAAUGAAUGAGUGAAUUUUGAAGCUGUUGAACCACGCAAUGAAGCACUCUGUAGUUGUCUGGGAGCAUUUGAUCGUCCCCACAGUUGCUGUUCUCACCAAUACCUCUCAACUACAUUGAUUUGGAUAAACAGUUUGGUAAUCCUCUGUGGAA